AUAUUUUUUUCUAUCGAAAUAUUUUCCCAUCAGUAGGUUCUUAUAAAAUGUUCGACUUGAUUUUUUCUCUAUUUUUUUCGUUUUCGUGUGUCGUGUUCAAAGUGAUGAGCUUCAAGUAUUCGCGUCUCGCGUUUUUCUAUUAAAUUCUAUCGUUCCAUUAAUAUUGCCAUGAAGAUCUCUUCCGUGAAUUCGCUCGUAGUUUACCUAAUUGCGGUUGUUUGCGUAGAGUACGUUUCGGCUGAAGGAAAGCUGAAAAUCGGAGUCAAAAAGCGGGUAGAAAACUGUUCCCUCCGUACGAAGAAGGGUGAUUUGGUGCACAUGCACUACACGGGCACACUGGAAGAUGGAACCGAGUUUGAUAGCAGCAUUCCACGAGGGGAACCGCUUACGUUUACCCUGGGUAUGGGCCAGGUUAUCAAGGGUUGGGAUCAAGGCCUGCUCAAUAUGUGCGAAGGGGAAAAGCGCAAGCUAAUCAUUCCGCCGGAACUGGGAUACGGAGCACGGGGCGCAGGAGAAAAAAUUCCGCCCAAUUCCGUGCUAGUUUUUGAGGUAGAGUUAGUGAAAAUCGAACGCAAAACGGAAUUAUAGAAUUGAAGCUGCAUCAUACACACAGAAGCAGGCAACGAGCUUGGGACUGAAAGGAUGGUGCAAGAAUACUCGUGAUGGAACCGUCAAAGGACAAAUAGAAGGGGAAGUAAAAUCCAUGAAUGAAAU